UUCAAUCUCGCAGCAUAUUCACAUCGACCAGGAUGAAGGAAUUGAAAAAUCGCUCUGGAGAAGAGUUCACCGAAAGUGUUCCUAUCAAUGUGUUCAUGGAAUUAUUCUCUAUGUUAAUGGAUAUAGUGAAAGCGAUAUUGAUGGCAUUGGCAGUUCUCGUAGUGACCAUAAUUCGAAUUUUGAUUCCACCUAAACCGAAAGAUGUAUCCGGACAAACCGUAUUGAUAACCGGAGCUGGCAAUGGGCUGGGAAAAGCCAUGGCUCACGAAUUUGCCAGCCGAGGAAGCAACGUUGUGGUCGUGGACGUCGAUCUAGUGGCGGCAGAGCAGACGUGUGAAGAGCUUAGGCGCAAACAGGUAGCCGCUUAUGCCUUUCAAGUGGAUGUGUCGUCAUACGAGCAAGUGGAAGCGUUGGCUGCCAGUGUGCACAAAAACGUUGGACCUGUAGAUGUUCUGAUCAACAAUGCAGGGGUGGUUAGUUUCAAUUUCCUGCGAGACGCAAACGAGGAUAUUAUAAAUCUCAUGAUCGACGUGAACGUGAAGGGAACCAUAUGGAUCACAAAACAUUUUCUUCCGAAAAUGACGGAACUCAGGCGCGGUCACAUUGUUUUCAUAUCGUCCCUGGCUGGCAUUCACGCCCUUCCGUGGGCAACCGUUUACUCCACGUCGAAGCAUGCCGUGAACGGAUUAAUGAGCGCAGUAACCGAGCAACUACGUCUGGAGGGCUAUGGCGAUCAAAUUCGUACAACCUGCGUAAAUCCGUACUACAUUGCCACGCGAAAAGAUAUCGUUGAUUUUUUGAAGAAGCCCAGAUUUGAAGUUUUAACGACAGAGAGCACAGCACAAACCAUAGUCCAAAGAGUACUACAAAAUGAGACAACUGUUACCGUUCCAAGGUUCUUUGGAUUAGGAAUAAGGAUGAUGCAGCUUUUCCCAAUAGGAAUCCAACAAAUAAUAAGAGACUACAUUAUGAGAGAAUAUGAGCUAAAUUCGUCUUGAAUAUAAUGAUUUCAGUCUACCUGAC